UGUUAACUGUGACUCCUUGUCAGCCUAUCUCACUUUAUCAGCUGUUUGUCAAAGUCAGUUUUUGUACUCGGCGAACUUGUUAUCAGUCGCAAUCUGAUAAGAAAAAAUUUCAAUUUAUGUGUCUUGUUGCAAGUGUUCUGACUUUUACCAAACUUGUGUCACAACUAGGCUCCUUAAUUUAUCAAAUUCCUGUGUUGAUUUUCUCCAGAACUUCUUACAUGAUUGUUUCCCAACUAUGAACGAGUGAAAGUACGACAAAAUGUUUGUGAAACCUCAAGAGGUUCUGAUAGCGAACGCUUUCUGGGAGACUGAGAAGUCCUCUAUAUACUUUGUACUGCAACAUAGAAAGGGUCAUGGCACAGUCAAGAGCAUCUCAUCACUUAUUGUGGGCACAAUGGACAGUAUCUUUGAUACAAAGCCUGCCCCAUUCAGGAUUUUACAUCAAACUCCAUCUUCAGAAGUGUAUCACAUGGUGGCCUGUGCUAUGACACGAAAGGAAAUACUUGAAGAUUGGGAUUGGUUGUUCAAUAAUGUGUGUGAGACACUCCACUCAUUUGACAGUGAAGAUGACAUCACAGACUUUGUGAUGUGCAAAAUAGAAUCUGUGAUUGCUACCAGACAUGAAAAUGAUGUUGAUGAUGAAGACACGGCAUCCUUCAAGGUUACAACAGACAAAUUUCUGAGGCUGUUCAAUUUGCCCAAAGAUGAAAAGCUUGUAAAUUAUUACUCUUGUAGGUAAGUAUCAGCGAUACAGUCUGCAUUUAGCUUGUCAAUAA